AUGUCUCCCGUGGGCUUGUGUUGUCUCCUCUUUGUCUGUGUCUCUGUGUGUUACUGGGUGCCAGCAGGCUGCUAUGGCAAUGGCAUGGUCACCAAUGUCUGUGGCAGCAUGGAACCGCAACAUGGUGUCUAUGGUCAGACCACCAGCAGCCCUUACCACCUAACAACCAACACCACCACGUUCAACCCUGGAGAUCGCAUCCAAGUCGUUCUAUCUGGAACAAGAUAUUUUAUUGGCUUCCUGCUUGAGGCCAGAGAUGCAAUCAAUCCGGACUCAGUAUCCACUGUUGGCACCUUCACCCUGACCAAUCCCGACAGGACACAGCUGCUCACCUGUAAUGAGCAACAGGGUUCAGCAGUGAGCCACACCAGUGAGGCCACAAAGACAGAGGUUAUUGUCAUCUGGAAUGUUCCUCAAGAUUCUCCCACUGAGGUUCAGUUUUUGGUGACCGUAGUCUCCCAAUACAAUCUAUUUUGGGUGAAGGUGCCUGGACCAAUCAUCUAUCAACAUGGUGUUACACCUCGCCCACCUCGGUCCACCACUACACCUCCUCCAAUGUGGACGACCACACCCUCCAUCCUGCCGGGACCUUUUGAUUCUGACACCUGUGGCCAAUCAAAAUCCUGCCUGUUGGACCCUCCUGGCUGUGAUCCAAAAGAAGAUCCUCACUGCUACUUCUUGUCCAUGACCACAGAGGGACCUGACAAAACGUCUGUGAUGUUUGAGCUGAGUGGCCCAGCAGAGGGAUACAUUUCCUUUGCUUUGUCCAGGGACACAUGGAUGGGCAAGGAUGAUGUGUACAUGUGUGUAAAAGACGGGGAUAGAGUAUCAGUGAGCACUGCCUUCAUCAGUGGACGAACACACCCUGAGGACCAGUCACAGUCUGGAAUCUCCUCAGUAUCGUGGCGCCUGGCAGAUGGAGCAAUCCAGUGUCGGCUCAGUAGACCAGUCAAACUGGCCCAUCAGGAACCAGGCCGCUAUGAUCUGGACCAGGAGUACUUUCUGUUUCUAGCCAACGGACAGGCUGAGUAUGGUAAAAUACGGAGACACAGACUCCAACCAUUAGUCUCCACCCGUAAAAAAAGGAUCACAGGCCCCCCUGAGGUCCUAACAGGCUCCCGAGGACCCACCAUAAUGAAAGCGCAUGGUGUACUAAUGCUGUUAGCCUGGAUGCUAACGGGGAGUAUUGGUACCUUCAUCGCCAGCUUCUAUAGAUCUGAUUGGCCAAAUCAAACUCUGCUUGGCCAGAAAAUUUGGUUCCAGGUUCAUCGAGGCCUGAUGGUGCUAACUGUGACUCUGACCAUUGUUGCCUUUUGCCUUCCAUUUUUCUACAGGAAAGGUUGGAGCAAGCAUGCAGGUGUCCAUCCCUACCUAGGUUGUUGUGUUCUGGCAUUAUCUCUGUGUCAGCCGAUAAUGGCUGUGUUCAGACCACUGCCUGACUCUCACAGGAGAUAUAUCUUUAACUGGGCUCACUGGGGAGUUGGAUCUUUGACUGAGAUCAUGGCAGUGGCGGCCAUGUUCCUGGGUAUGCGCCAAUCAUCACUGCUUCUCCCCCAGCCUUGGGCAACGCAUGUUUUGAUUGGCUACGUGACAUGGCUGGGCUCAUUCAGGCUCCUCCUCCUGAUUCACAAACACCUUUACGUCAAAAAAUCACUGGGGUCAGAUGACCAACAGGCCAUUCAUUCAGGCCAACCAGGGCCCAGUUCCUGGGGCUCCUUCCUGAAGUCUCUGGUUUUGGCUGCCUUGGCUUUGGGAAACUCUGGUUUCCUAAUAGCCUUGCUGUCUUCUAUUGCAGAAAUCUGA